CAUUGUUUGCCACUUCCAGUUUCCAGUAAUGGGCAUGAUUACUUGACCAAUAUCUAGCCAGUUGGUGUUAGGGUCCUGGAAAACAUAGCUGCUCACUUCUUCAGUGAAACUGCACUGCCAGACCUUUUACUUUCAGAAAAUAAACUGAAAGUUCUUCAUAACUGAAGAUCCUUGAAGAAGGGAGCUACCAGAACUAAUGACAAUUUCUUCAUUUUGGAGUCUCAUGUCUGCUUUCCGAUGAAGAGAUGUAUUGUGUUUUGCUGCUAAUCUUCUUGCACUGCUGCACGCUGAAAGCUCAAAGUAAUGUGUUCACCAUCAAUAGCGUGACACUCCGUGUUGCUCCAUCUGUGGAAGUGAAUAAUGGAGAGUCGGUCACCCUCAACUGCUCUGCGGACAUCAGCAAGAGCGAACAAUUCCAGAUGAAUUAUACUUUUUCAUUUAUCAAGUAUGGACUGCUUCUGGUUAAUAGUUCAUCAGAGCAAGAGUGGGCAGAUUAUACAAUCCCAACGGCUAGAUUUUCUGAUUCUGGAGAGUAUAGCUGUGCGUUGGAUGUGGAAGGGAAGAAAAAGGCCAGUGGUACUGUGGCUGUUCAAGUACAUGGAAUAAGGAAGCCCAUUCUGACUGCCGAGAAAACAGAGGUGAUGGAAGGCGAAACGGUGUCUUUAAGCUGUAAAGCACCAGAUGAAAAGGCCCCAUUUUCUUUGAAAUUUUAUAAAAACCACCAGCGUGACUCUGAACAGCAGUGGGAGAGGCAUGCAUUUGCAGAAAACUUUGCCAAACUGGAAUAUCAAAUUAAUGCGGGGGACACCAUUUUGUUUUUUGAAUGCGAGGUCCAUAAGACUUUGGGGGCUCGAUCUGAGAAAUCAGAGCUCAGUGACAAAAGAAUUGUAACUGUCAUUGAACCGUUUUCCGUUCCCACCUUAACCGUCCACCCACCACAGAACAUUACAGAAGGAGAUCACCUGCGUGUAGACUGUACAACCAUCGCACGUCACCAGGAUCGAAUCAAAAUUGAGAUGAUAAUCCAGAAGAACAAAACGAUUCUUAACAGCACGAAGUCUGGUCCGUCUGUGCAGUACUCUAAAGUAGCCACAAUGGAAGACAAUGGCAAUUAUAUUUGUAAAGUAGAACUUGGGAGCGUGUCCAAAAUCAGCACAGUAAAUGUUGUGGUGGCAGAACUGUUUUCCAAGCCGAUUCUAGUUCAUAAUCAAACAAGAUGGGAUGAAAACAGUUUGUUACAAAUUGAAUGUCGAGUUAACAGCUCACUGCCAAUACAUUUCUCAGUCAUAAAAGACGACAGAGUAGUGGCAAGCAGAGAUGUCUAUACUGUUACCAAGGUCCGUGUAAGCGACACUGGAGUCUAUGUUUGUCGAGCUGAGAUAAAUGGGAUUGCCAAGGAGAGUGCCCCUGCGCGGCUACAUGUUUAUGCUCCCGUUUCCAAACCAAGACUUUCCCCACCGACUUCCCAAGUAGCAGUACUGGGGAAGUUAUUCACUGUAAACUGUUAUUCCAGCAAUGGAACUCUACCUAUAACAUAUACUUUGUACAGAGGAGGCAUAUAUGUUAACAAGACAGAAGUAAAAGUAAAUGAACCGGCAAAGUUUUUGGUCAAAGCAACCAAUGCACAUGUUCCAGAAGACUACAGUUGUGAAGCUAAAAAUGGCCAUUCCGUUCCACAACGAAGCACUCGGGUAAACAUUACAGUGAUAGCUCCAGUUGGUAGCAUAAGCUUGGGGAGACCUUCACAUGGAGAUGUGGAAGAUGGCAAAGAGCUCGCAAUCUCCUGCUCUGUUGGUUCAGGAUCUUAUCCUAUUGAGUUCACCUUCUUUAGAGAAAACCACCCCAAACCUUUGUAUAAAGUAACAGAGAAGACAAAACGCAUUGCUGUUUGGUACAGAGAUAGCCUUACAAGCCAAGAUGGAGGGAAGUACUUUUGCAGAGCUGACAACCAAGCAAAAUCACCUGUAGAGAGCAACAUGAUGACUGUCAACGUUGUUCUGGCUUCAUGGAAGAAAUGGCUCAUUGUGAUAAUCAUCAUUCUGAUUUUCCUUGCUAUUGCCAUUGCGGCUUCCUGGUGGUAUGUUCGGAAGAGGGCAAAGGCUAAAGGCAAUCCUUUGGAGUUGACUAGUUCUAUAGCAGCAACCAAUUCAGUGGGUGAGAAGCUGACACCACGACAGAAUAAUGAAGGGGAAUUCUAUUUCGGGUCAGGUUAUAAUGAAGAUGGUGAAAAAAAUAAUUUAAAAUCAAACGAGGAUGGUCAAGGACCUGAUCUUGAGAAUUCCGAGGUGGAAUAUACUGUCGUGGAAGUGUCGGCUGCUGAUGCUUACAGAGCUCCUGUUGUACAGAAGCCUGAAACGGUUUAUACUGAAAUCAGAAAAGCUACUAAUGGCACAGGUCCGGGCUUUCAAGGUCCGUGUCCGACAGGAAAGCACGGGGCAAAAGAUGCUGGAGGAAACAGACAUUCACGAAUAGAAAGUUCUCCCGAUGAGACUUAGAAAAGCAGGCAACAGACACCUGUGAAAACAAGGAGGAGGACGAUCUACUAGUUCCCAACAUUCUGCAGCAUUUAGGUGCUCUCAGAAGUCACAUUUCGCUUGAGCUGUUGGUAACCCCCGUGGGGCGAACCUAGCACCAUCUAUACAGUGUUACUGCUGUUCUGCCACUGCUACUGCUUCGCAUAGGGCUCACCCACACUUCCACUUGCCCUGCUGCUUCCUCCAAGGAAACCUGCUGUUUUUACAAACCUCAGUAGGGCUUUCCACAGAUUGACAUUUGCUUCAGUUUAGUGGUAAAGAGUGGGUUUUUUUCUGGGGAAAGCGGCAGGGCAAACGGAAAACCACUUGGACCUGUGUUUUGCAUCCAUCGGACAAGCAUGAGGAUGUGGGUGAGCCCAGAGUGAUGUAGCCUCUCCCAACGUUUGAGCUGUAUUUGUUUUUAAUGCCAUUCUAAUCAACAGAUGUGUGUGUACAUAUGGAGACUGUUUGCCCACCUCUCUUGUUUUCAGUCCUCCAAACCCUUAUGGAGAGAUGCUAUGCCUGCCAAAAUGUGAAGCUACAUCUGGUCACUUCCCUAUGAUCCCCGAAGACGGUGCAAGCCACUCUGGCAAUUGAUUUGUGGGCAUAAAUGCUGCUGGUAGCAAAACAUCAGAGUGGGUUUUUUUUUCCGGACAGAGGGGUGUCUUACAAACAUGACACUCUUUCACACACAGGAAAAAUGUCCAGUGUGUUUAUAGUAGCAUUGACAUUUCAUGUCCUGUUUGCAUCAUCCAUGGAAUGCCUUGGUGCUCUGUGGCUAGGGUGGGUGGGUAGAAAAUGAAUAUUAAACACCCAUUGUCUGCCCCCAGCGUUCACUUUCUGAAGGUGUACAAUAAAUAAGUCCUUAAAGGAUUUGCCUUUAUAUAUAUAUAGAAGUGCUACUAUUAUAGCUGUCUGACAAAGCAGGUUUUUGCUUUUGAGACUCAACCUCAUCUGUAGACCUGGGCAUGUCACAGUUGAACCAAAUAACUAUAUUUUAAGUUGAAUAUCUGUGCAAGGUUUCUGACUUUCCUAAAGGAGUAAUGCCAGUGCAACUGUGAGCUUCAGUUGUUCUUUGUCAAACAACUUCUUGCAUCGAGGGUUCUUUCAUAUGCUGCUUAAUAGUUCACUGCAUAAAUUACUUUUCUUCCCAUGAGUCAGAUGACACAAAGCAGAGAUCACUGAUACAUUAUAGGACUGUGAAGACGUCAUAGUACUGUGACGUCAUAUUAUUGGGCAGAGCAGGAGCACACUUGCUGUAUCCACCCUCUGUGACAUUCAGCACACGGUCUAAAAGAGUCUCCACAUGUACAAACUGCACUUGCAUAUUCCUGCUUGCACAAAGGGUACACACAGACAGUUUGUACAUGCUUAGCUUUUUCAGAAGUUACGUUGAACAUAUGUUGGAAGUGGGGGCAUGAUCUCAUUUCCACCUCGCUGGCACAUUACAUCUACCCAAAGGGUUACAUCUGCAUAGUCCACUCUUUAGAUCCUUGGUUGGGAUUUGAAACAGACCUUGAUUUUACAUUUGCAGUGUUUUGCCAUUCCAUCCUCUCUUGAAUAUAUCUCUGGAAAUCUGGAAAUCAGAAAUGAUUCCUGGGUAUGGGAAGGGAAGCCAGGAUUCAAUAAUUCCAGUUCAAAAUGUCCCUCUCCUUUAUUUGUGAUAAAUUUUAAAAGACACUAAGAUGAUGAAAAUGCUGUACUUAUAUGUGGCACAUCUUUUAUAAUAAGGAUUCCAUUUAAAACAUGUAGCGUGGAUUGGCUCGGGACAAGAGUAAGGAUUUCAUUUUAAAGUGAUUGCUAUGAUACAAAAAGCUGCAAUGCUUAUAGCCCAAUAAGUAGUCUCACUUUUUAUUGGACUUACUCCCAAGGCAGUAAUCCUAAGGCAGCCUUUAUGCUGGUGCAAGCUUCCAUUGAUUUUAGCAAAGCUUCUUCUGUCUGUCUACUGUGAUAUUUGUGCUGCUCAUAAAAGCAGGACGUAGACUCCAGCAGAAAGUGAUGUGUAAAUGCUCAAGCACAUAUAACACCAGUCAAUAAUUUAUUAAUGUAUUUAGCCACAAAAACCAUGAAGCUACAUAUAACAAAGAAGUGAAGAACACUAAUAUCAAUGAAACAUGGCUUAAGUCAUGUUCCUUGUGUUAAAUGAUCUAUAGGCAGAUGUUGGGACUAAUCUUGUUACCUCUGUGGAUUGGUAUCUGUUUUUCAAGCAAGGUUUAUUACGAACCACAAAAAAGAGUGAGCCACGCAGGUUCUUGCCAAUGCGAUAUAUUUUAAUUAAUCUCCUUUCAGUUGCUGCAUUGCACUUUUGAAGACUCGCCUUUUUAAAAGUUUAGCAGUGACAGGCUCUUUGCAACACUUGGCAAAUGCGUUUAGGAGAACCUUGGCCGUGCUUCCCCAUUCAAAUGUUAUUACACUGAAUUUGAUGAGGUAUUUAAUUAAAGAAUUGACUCAAAUGUAA